AUGGCGGACCAAACAGCCACGGUUGAUCCAUGUAUUUUCCCGACGUUGGCAGGAUACGGUGCUCCUGGCUAUCAAACGACUCAUUUCGGACAUGGACUGAUUUCAGAGCUGGGAUCAUUCUGUCAGCAAAAGUCUGUGCCGCUUCAUAACGUGGUGGCCACUGCAUGGGCUUUGGUGCUCCGUGAGUAUAGCGCGGCUGAGAGUGUGGCUUUUGCGCUCCAGGACGCAUCAACAACAGAGCCUCUCCUUGUCCAAGUGCGGACAGACACAACUACGCCACUGGCGCGACUCAUCCGGAAUAUCACCGGUAGCAAGGGUGACUCAGAUGCCCAAGAAGUAGAUGUGCAGCCAUUAUCUAGGCUACUGCAGUCUUCCAUUAACACGGGCAUAUGGUACGACGAAAGUGAUCGUGGCAGCUCAAAGACUACACAACUACAAGCCGGAUCUAAGGACAACUCCAGUUAUGCAAUCCAACUCUACGUGCCUUGGUUGGAGGUGCGAUACGACACUGCUUCCUUGGGAGAGUUGGAUGCAGCCAACGUAACGCAAGCCUUGGAGCAGGCACUCACCAGCAUCCUCGGCAGUCAUGAAACCACGACGAUUGGGCAUGUCACCCUCCUGGGCGAUCAGGGGAUGAAGCAGCUGCAGCAAUGGAACGUCGGCCAGCCAGAUCUGUGGCCCGUCUCGGUGGAUCAGAUCGUCUACCAGCGAGUGUUGGAGCAGCCUGAUGCGCCUGCCAUCCACGCUCUUGAUGGGAACUACACUUUUGCGCAGCUCAACGACGCAGCAGAACGCUUUGCUCGCCACCUCGUCUUGCUCGGCGUCCAGUCUGAGACUAUCAUUCCGUUCUGCUUCACCAAGUCUUCGUGGACCAUCGUCGCCGUCCUGGCCAUAUUGAAGGCGGGAGGGGCCGCGGCUGCCUUGGAUCCGUCCUACCCGCCUGAACGACUCCAGCAGAUAUUGUCCCAGACGGAGGCGAAGCUUGUCGUGAGCAGCCGUGCAGUCCAAAAGUCACUGGAGGGAACCGUGUCGGAGGCCAUCAUCGCUAUCGAUGACUGGUUCCGACUGGCACCGAAAGAUGACGAUGGCGGAGCUGGGCAGAAGAACCGGCUAUCACCAGGCAAGCCAUCCGCCGCGGCAUUCGUAGUCUUCACCUCGGGAAGCACUGGAAAGUCAAAGGGAAUCGUCCUCUCCCACCAGAGCAUGUGCACAAGCGCAUUCGCCCACGGAAAGUUCAUGGGCCUGGGCAAAAAGUCGCGCGUGCUGCAGUUUGCCGCCUACACUUUCGACGUGAGCAACCAAGACAUCUGGACGACGCUGAUGCACGGCGGCUGCGUGUGCGUCCCGUCGGACGAGGAGCGCCUCAACGACAUUGCCGGCUCCAUCAACCGCAUGGGAGUCAACUGGACGUUCCUCACCCCGACGGUGGCGAGGCUGCUGACGCCGGACCAAGUGCCGACUCUUCAGACUCUCGUCCUCGGCGGUGAGGCCAUCACGCAGAGCAACGUCGACACGUGGGCCUCUUCAGUCCGGCUGCUGAACUCGUACGGGCCUGCGGAAUGCUCCAUCUGCUGUGCCGUCAGCGAGCUCAGCACGUUUCCGGGAUCGUCUGUCAGCGGUUCCCAGCCAGAGGGCAGGAUAGACCCUGCCAAUAUCGGGUACGCUCUUCCCAGUGCCGUACUCUGGAUUGCCAGCCCGCACAACCAUGAUUCUCUCAGUCCCAUCGGAGCAGUGGGCGAACUGCUGGUUGAAGGGCCGAUACUGGCGCGAGGCUACCUCGGCGACCCUGCGCGCACUGGUGCUGCCUUUAUUGAGAAUCCCGCAUGGGCCAAGGCAGACACCUCAUCUCCGAGGCGCUUCUACAAGACCGGCGAUCUGGUCCGGUAUGCCAGCGAUGGCACCAUGCGCUUUGUCGGUCGCAAGGACCACCAGGCAGGAGGGGCGAUACACGUGCUCGACGACUCAAGGUCUGCUUCUCAUUUGGCGGAGGCUGUUGCCGCCUCAAAAUCCCACAUCGCCAUUGCCACUGAAGGGCUCCUAGGCUUGGCCAAAUCGCUCGUACCCGACGUCGUCCCCCUAAACGCAGUGUCUGCCUAUGACACCGGCGUGCAUCCGCACGAUAUAUGGGAUGUGGCCACCCUCGGAAACUUAUGCUCCGUCGUUCUCACGUCUGGGGCGAACGGUGAGCCCAAGCCAGUUCUCCUGGACCAUCGCAGUGUUGCCAGCCGUGUCGCUGCCUACAGUACAGAACUGAAGCUGAUCAGGUCAUCACGUGUGCUACACCACUCCCCUUACCUGAGCCACGAGGGCAUGAUGGAGGUCUGGGCUACUCUGACCAUUGGAGCGCGAUUGUGUGUUGUUCCGCCUUUGGCUGACUUGUCGUUGGUUGGCGAAGCCGCAAGCGAGCUUGGUGUGAACUGGGCCGUCCUCACCCCAACUUUGGCGAGCUCCAUUGACCCUGACAGCGUCCCGUCUCUCAGCACACUGGUUCUUGCCGGGGAGCCCGUUCCAAACCAAGUCUUUGCUACGUGGAGCAAGAGAAAUCUCAUCCAGUCAUUCUCUACUGCCGAGACUGGGAACGCAUCGUCUACAGGCGACUCGCCAGAUGGCCCUACCCCAAAGAAUAUCGGUAUACCUUUCAAGAAUGUAACACUCUGGGUCACUGACACCAAAACACUUGAUCUUCUCGCUCCGAUUGGUGUGGUUGGCGAACUCUUGAUCGAAGGUCCUACGUUGGGUCUUGGAUAUGAGCAAGUGUCACACGGUCAUACAUCGACAUCGUUUAUUGACAACCCGGCCUGGAGCAGACGACUCUCUGAUGACUUGGCCGGUGCUGGGCGUCGUUUUUUCAAGACGGGAGACCUGGCUGGGGGCGCCGCGGUGCCUCUUGACCCCAAGGCGCCGCGGCAGAGGCUAGAGACGAUCGCCUCGGAUACAGAAGCCACCGUCUGCCUCUGCUUCCCCCAGCUUCGGUCAAACGUGUCCGCCGUCUUCUCUACUAUAGUCGAGGUUGUGCCUUCUGCAUUAUCAAGUACAAACGGAUCGACCCCCAGAUCUGUGGAAGAUGUAUCCCAGCCGUCUGACCCGGCAUUCGUCAUCUUCACAUCCGGCAGUACGGGCGCGCCCAAGGGCUCUAUCCUUGAGCAUGGAUCGCUGAGCACUACCGCCGCCCAUUCCAUGAGUCCCAUCAACAUGAACUCGGAUUCGCGCGUCUUGCACUUUGCGUCGUAUACCUUUGAUGUGAGCAUAGAGGAGGUCUGCUUUACUCUGGUGCGCGGCGGCUGUGUCUGCGUCGUGUCCGAGGACGACCGCUUCGACGACCUUGCCGGAGCAAUGAACCGGCUGCAAGUCACCUGGGCCGAUCUCACGCCGACCGUGGCCGCAAUGAUCGACCCCGAGGCGGUCCCGUCUCUAAAGACACUGGUGACGGGAGGAGAGUGGCUCACGCAGGCGGUCAUCACGAAGUGGGCCGACGAGGUCGAGCUCUUCAACUCAUACGGCCCGUCAGAGUGUUCCGUAUUCUGCUCGGCAACCGCGGCGCCUCUCACCCCGUCGUCUCACAAGGAGCAUAUUGGCGUGCAGCUGGGCAGUCGUGCCUGGCUAGUUACCCCGGGCGACCACACUCGCCUGGCCCCGGUUGGUGCAGUUGGCGAGCUCGUCAUUGAGGGACGUAUCGUCGCCAGGGGGUACUUGAAGAAUCCGGCUCAAACAGAAGCCAGAUUCUUCGGGUCUGCUCCCUGGCUUCCUGAGCCACUACCGGUCGGAAGCCGGCUGUACAUGAGCGGUGAUCUUUUGAGAUACGAGGAAGACGGGUCGUUGAUCUUUGUCGGGCCGUACAUCAUCUUCACCUCUGGCAGCACGGGUGUGCCAAAGGGCGUCGCAGUCUCGCAUGACGCGCUAUCCACGAGCCUUACAUCCCACGGAAAUGCAAUGGGGAUGGGUCCAAAGAGCCGGAUGCUCCAUUACUCGUCCUACACAUUUGACAUCUCCAUCAUGGAGAUAUUCACCACGCUGAGCCUCGGCGGGUGCGUCUGCGUCCCCUCGGAGGAGGAUCGACUGGCCAACCUUGCCACGUCUAUCCAGGCGCUGGGCGCCAACAUGGCCAUCCUCACACCAACCGUGGCGCGUCUGCUGAAGCCUCGAGAUGUGCCUGGCCUGGAAACCCUCUACUUCAUCGGAGAGGCACCCCAGGAAGGGGAUGUCAGUCAGUGGGCCAGCCAUCUCCGCUUGGUCAACACGUACGGCCCGGCCGAGGCAACUCUGAUUGCUUCUGUGCACCAAUACGCAGCAGGCGACGAUGCUCUCAAUAUUGGAGGCUCGUUGCCGGGAGGUACGCUGUGGAUCGUUCGCGCAGACAACCACGACAAGCUGGCUGCGGUCGGCGCAGUGGGCGAGCUGCUGAUUGAAGGCCCAAUCCUUGCCGAGGGCUACAUCAAAGAACCCCAAAAGACGGCCGAUGCGUUCAUCAAGGACCCUGCCUGGGCACGACGGCUGAACCCGAACGGCCUCGAAAGUCGGCGCCUCUACAAGACGGGAGAUCUUGUUCGCUACAAGGACAAUGGGGAGCUCGUCUACCUCGUCCAGGCGAGUCAAUCUCGGGUCAUACUCGCUGCCCCGCCACACGACCAAUUGUUCCGCUCCUCGGAUCAUGAAAUCCCCCUCAUCACCAUCGACAACCACUCGGUCAACCAAUUUAAUGACCGAUCGCUUGUUCCCCCGCCAAACUUGAUCCGUCCUGACCUCGGUCUCUACGUCCAGUUCACGUCGGGAAGCACUGGAACUCCAAAGGGGUGCAUAGUAGAGCACCGCAACUUCCUAAGCUCCGCGGCCUUCUACACACAAAUCUCGCGGCUCGACCAAGGCACCCGCGUGUUCCAAGUCUCGUCGUACAGCUUCGACCACGCGCUGCUGGAGAUUCUGGCAACGCUGACCGUCGGGGCCUGCGUGUGCGUGCCCAGCGACGAGGCUCGCCUCGGCCACGUCGCCCGGGCCAUCAACGACCUCCGGGUCACCUGGGCCAUCAUGACCCCCUCCCUGGCGAGGACCCUCCCCGUCCGCGAGGUGCCCACGCUCCGGGACCUCGUGCUUGCAGGAGAAGCCCCCUCGGCCUCUGAUGUUCAGAUGUGGCGCUCCUCGCCCUCCCCCGUCCGUCUGUAUAAUGGCUACGGCCCUGCCGAGUGCGCCAUAUCGACGACCAUCAGGCUGAUUACCCAUCCAGACUCAGCCAGCGAGCUCGGAACGUCCUUGGCAUCCCGAAACUGGGUCGUCGAUCCUCAAGACCCGCAGAAGUUGGCACCACUCGGCGCCAUAGGUGAGCUGCUCAUCGAGGGUCCCAUCGUCGGUCGGGGAUACCUCAACGAUCCAGUCCGCACCGCGGCGGUCUUCAUCAGUCCCCCGCAAUGGCUCAAAGAGUUGAGUGCAGACGGUCCCAGUCACCGGGUCUAUCUCACAGGCGACCUCGUUCGGUACACGAGCGACGGCAGCAUCACCUACGUGGGCCGCAAGGACACGCAGGUCAAGAUCAGAGGCCAGCGUGUGGAGCUCGGCGAGAUUGAGCACCUCCUCGGAGCACACGACGGGAUCGCGAACUCGGCUGUGGUGUACCCGACCGAUGGUCGAUGCAAGGAUCAGCUCGUCGGGUUCUUUUCUCUAUCUGGGCGGACGUCGUCGUCUGUACAUGAGCCAGGCUCCAUCUCACUGCUUUCUGGUGCAGAUCUAGAGACCGCUGUGACUGUGCUGCGCCGUGCAGAGUCUUCACUUGCCAGCCAGCUUCCGUCCUACAUGGUUCCGUCGCUCUGGGUUCCCUUGUCGUCCGUCCCGCUGCGGCCAUCUGGCAAGGUCGAGCGAGAUGCUCUCGCCAAGUGGCUUGCCGCGGUAGACGAAAAGACCUUGAGCACACUUGCGAGUCUAGGACAAGACCAGAGCAAUACUACCAGACCAUGGACCCCAGCCGAGGAAACGCUCAGAUCCAUAUGGAGCAAAGUCGUUGGCGUGCCGCCCGUCCGCAUAUCCCUCAAGAGCUCUUUUGCUCGGCUGGGGGGCAAUUCGCUGUCCGCCAUGCAGGUGGCUGGCCUGGCUCGUAUCGCGCGCCUCUAUAUACCAGUACCUGCUGUGCUGCAGGCCAAAUCACUCGAAGAGCUCGCAGCCAGUGCAACGUCCAUUACGGCCAGGUCCGUGGCCACCCUCCGGAGCGUGGUUGGGAAACCAUUUCCACUAUCUCCAAUGCAGCAAUUCUACGGACAUUUUGCGCUCGGUGACGAUGAGCUCUCCCGGAACACGAAUCAGCAAUUUCACUACGCUUUCCCUUUCCAACCUACCUCGCGAACUAGUCUGCCUGAUAUCGAGAGAGGCAUCCGAAGGAUCGUCUCGUUACACCCGUUGCUUCGCGCUCGGUUCCGACUUGAAGGUCAGGGGUCGUCGCGGCGACAUGUGCAAGAGAUUACAGACAAUGUCACCGACUCUUACCGUGUGCAGGGCCACCGAUGCUCUCACGUCGAGGAAGCUAGAUCUGCGCUGAACCAGAGCCGCACCAGCCUUGACAUCUACUCGGGGCCGUUGGUAGCCGCAGACCUCGUCGACACAUCAUCGGAUCAGAUUCUCUUCCUCACCAUCCACCAUUUAGUGACGGACAUGAUCUCAUGGAAUGUCAUUUUGGACGACCUCGAGAACAUUCUAAGCAACAAUGCACUUGCUGACCAGGAGGCGACAGAGUCCUACCCCUUCCAAGCCUGGUGCGAGAUGCAAACCGAAAUGGCCAAGACCUUGGAUCCGUCAAAUGUCCUCCCCUUCAAAGUCCCCGAAGCCGACUUCAACUAUUGGCAGGCUGUGGAGCAGCCAAAUCUCCUACAGGACUUAGUCGGCGAACAGAUACGACUUGGCGCAACUGCAACUGCGAGGCUUAUGGCUCUCGGCGAUCGCUUUGAUUUGCAGGAUCUCGUCACGGCUGCUCUUCUGUAUUCCUUUCGCUGCGUUUUUACCAAUCGCUCACCACCGACCAUCUAUCGUUACGGCCACGGCCGAGACGCGCCGCCAGGUUCCGACGUGGAUCUGUCGCGAACAGUCGGUUGGCUCACGUCAAUCACCCCGCUGCACAUAGCUGUCGACAAGGGAGAGGACCUGCUAACGAUUUUGCAACGCGCCGGGGCGACUCGGGCAUCUAUCCCUGGCAAUGGGUUGCCGUACUUUGUCUCCCGUUACUGCACCGCCCAAGGUGCAGCUACCUUCCAACACCACUACCAGAUGGAAGUGCUCCUCAACUAUCUCGGUUCCGGUGUGAAUGGGACGGUCAAAGAUGCCGAAGUCGACUCUGGGCGCACAGGCAAAAAGACGCGUCUCAAGCGCUUCCACGCGUUUGCAGAUUCUUCAGAAGGCGGCCUCGGCGCUCGCGGCCAGCCUGUGCGUCGCUUUGCUCUCUUUGGCGUACAGGCACAGGUCACCGACGGUCAAUUAGUGCUCCAAUUUGAAUGGAACACGAACUUGUCUCAUCAGGACAAGAUCUUGACUUGGGUUGAAGAGUUGCGGACUGUUUUGGAACAAGGCGCUUUUGUGGAUGAUGACUAA